CCCAGAGUCCGGGUAGGGAAAACCCGACCCGAGUCAGUACCCUACCCCACUCCUCGUCUCCCUAUCUCUCUGGGUACCCAGGUACCCGUAAUUUGGCUCGUACGAUCGAUUGGCCUGGCAGGAUUCGGUUUCAAAUUUCAAUGGAAGGCAAUCGGAAUUUGAAACGUCCCUUCUUCGAAGACGACAGCUCCGGCAAACCUCCGGCGCAAAAGAGGGUUCGGUUCCCCAAGGGGAAGAAGGCGAGGCCGGAAGAUGAAGCGGCACUCAAAUCCAUACCCGCGGAGGCCAUUGGGCCGACUCCGGCGGCGGCGACGGACCCUCGGGCCGCCGCCAAAGAGCGUGCCAAGCGCCGCAGCCAAAUCACAACUGAGCUCUUCACUGAAGACGCUGCAGGCGUUCUCAGCGAUGUCUCUGCUGCCGAAGUUACUUACAAGGAUUACGAGGACUUUGUUGAGGAUGGGAUUCGAAUAGAACCUUUCAACUUGAACAAGGAGAGGGAAGAAGGUUAUUUUGAUGCAAAUGGAAAUUUUGUUGAAUAUGCCAAUAAAAAUGAAGUCAAGGAUGCAUGGCUUGAUAGUGUUGAAGUUGUUACAAAAUAUGCCGGAAAAGACAUUGUAGUAACAAAAGACUAUGAUGAUGUCCAAGAUUUAUCUUCUGAUGACAUUGGGAAGAUAAAAAGACGUAUUGCUGAUGUGCUUGAACCAGGAGAAACGGUUCUACACGCUUUGAGAAGAUUGAAGGGAACACCUAAAAACAAGAAGGAGAAGAUGUCAGCUGAAACGAAGAUAGUAUUUGACCAGUUAACUGAAGAUGCCAUGAACCUGAUGGAUAACGCUGAAUCCAAUGUUUAUCAUGAGAAGAAGGAGAUUUUUGAGCGUGAGGCAGAAGGAUAUGAGAGUUUAGCACGGGCAAGAAGGGAACCCACAUCUAUUAGUGCAUAUCAAGAGAGAUCUGUUCUCGGCAUGGAGUGGGAGUCCUCUGAUGUAACAAAUCCUGGAGCACCCUCUUCAAUACUGCCGGAAACUUCUGUGGCUACAUCCAGUUCUGAUGCAACCACUGUAGAAAUCUCAAGUAAUGGUGAUGAUGCAUUUGAUAUGUUUGCAGAAGAUGAUGAACGUGCAAUUGCUAAACCUUCUGAAGGAAGUAAUGUGAUUUCUGGCCCUAAUUCUUAUUGCGUCAGCUCACCGUCAUUGAACAACCUAAACAAUUAUUCAGAGAAUGGAGUUUUACAAAAUGAUUAUGUGUUUGAUGAGUCUUCUGGGUACUAUUAUAGCAGCAGUUUGGGAUAUUAUUAUGACCCAUCUACAGGACUCUAUUGCUCUGCUUCAUCAGGGCUAUGGUACUCAUUCAAUGAGGAAAGUGGCGUAUAUGAUGAGAUUCACCAGACUACAACCACUGUGAGUUGAAAAGGAAAGUUUUGCUACUUCGUCGACUCUGUACAGACUAUAGAGGAGAAGUUUUAGGGUUAGAUAACUUUAUUCUAGUAUAACGAUUAUCCGGUCUGUUGUGGUUAUGAAAUAUAAUGGUUGCAAAUGUGCCCUGUUAUUUUUGAA